ACUACGGGCAGAAUAUCCGCCUUUUCAAUCACCAUCAAAUUUUACAGUUAUUCAUCUUCAUCAUUAUUCAUCAAUCGAAACAAUAGAAGAAUUAAUAAUGAUGGCAAAAACAACAUAUAUAUAUACAAUCGACACAGAAUCACAAGUAAUAAACAAGGUAGCAAAAGGUGCUCUCGUACAAAUCCAGUUUAUUCAUUCAAUUCAAGAAUCAACAUUAGUAUUAAUUGAAAUGUUUUACUUACCAAAUCAUGAUUCAUUAUUAUUCAAGAAAAUCAAGGAACUAUGUUCAAUCAUAUUACAUGAUGAAAAUACAAAAAUUACAUGGGGACCAUUUGACAAUGAAUUUAAAAAUUUUCAUUCAUGUGGAUUAUUUGAAAAAGGUAAGGUUAAAAAUGCAAUAAAUUUACAGGAUCGUUUUAGUGACUGUAAGAACCAUUACAAUACAAAUGAAGAAAAAGAAAAACGUAUAUCAAUGAUAACAUAUGCCGUGGCUGACUGUACCGCCGUCACAAAACUUUAUUUUAUGAUAUAUCCAUCGGACUCAACCAUUCAAACAAGUUACGAAACACCAACACCAACAACAGCAUCAACAAAUAUUACAUUUAAUAUUGAUAAUUUAUCCGACAUUAGCGAUGAUGAAGAACCUCAAAUAUUAAUGCCAUAUUUUGAUAAACCACCUCAAAUAUUAAUACCAAAAUUCGAUGAACAAAAUUAUUUAACAAUUGAAACAACUGAAGAAGAAAUGAACGAAUUUAAUGCACAAGAACAACAACAAGCACAAGAAGAAACAACAACAACAAAAUUAUCAAAAUCUGAAAAACAAAGAAAGAAAAACCUGAAGGCUCAAUUGAAGGACGAUGAUAUUUAUACAAGCCAUCAAUUAACAAUCAAUCGACAUAAAAAAGAAGUAUUAAUUGGUUUUAAAUCUGAAACUGAACAAGAACAAGCAAGAAUAAAAAUGCCAAUUAAUUAUUUCUCCAAAAAACAAUAUGAACAACGUUGGGGUUAA